CAAUUCUGAAAAUGGAAGUGAAGGUUAUCUUUACCUGAAGAAUCUGGCUUCGAUCACUCCGAGUUUGAACUGACUACCGGCCCACAGACGGGAACAACGGCCCAUGAGCCCGGUUCCAGCCGGCUUGCAUUCAUUUAGCUCCGAACUAGACCAACAAUAUCUGCAAGCUUGAGAGCUAUGUACUCGCUUCGUGGAUCAGUCCAUUAGUUCCUGCAGAACUGGACAUUUCACGCCAAAGUGUGCAAUCUUCAAAUCGCACCUACUAGGUUGUUUACCCCAAUCACUGAGCACCACACCCCUAGAGCCGGGCCUCACCGACGAGACAACAAUGGCAAAAUCAUACAACCAAGUUGUGCUCUUCGGAGACUCGCUGUUUGAGGGCGCAGCCGAUGUCAAAGAUGGGUUCUGUUUUCAGAGCGCCCUGCAAGUCCAGUGCAACCGCCGCCUCGACGUAGUCAAUCGAGGCUUCUCGGGCUACAACACAGUCAACGCACUAGACCUGCUCCCGCAGAUCUUCCUACCGCCAUCGGAGGCCACUCCCAAGAUCGACUAUCUGCUCGUUCUCCUCGGCGCAAACGACGCCUGCAUCCCCCUUCCCACCGACACCCAAGGCGUGCCUCUCUCCGACUACAAAUCUAACCUGCACAAAAUAAUCACCCACCCCUACAUCACCGCCCACAAGCCCAAGAUACUCCUCAUCACCCCACCUCCCCUCGACGAAAUCAAAGUCACCGAAGCCGACCUGGCCUGGGGCCACUCGCAAGCGACACGCCAAGCCGCUGUCUCGGCCUCGUACUCGGAGGCCGCGCGUCAGGCCGCGGCCGAGGUGCCAGGAACGGUGCUGGUUGAUCUACAGAAGGCGUUGAUGGAGGAGGCUAUCCGGAGGACGCCGGCAUACGAUGCAAGUAAGGGGUUGCCGCUCGGGUAUCCAGGCGGGAUUAGGGGCGCGUUGGAGACGUUGUUACCGGACGGGUUGCAUAUGAGUGGAGAUGCUUAUCGGGUCUUGUAUGACCUCGUCCAGCCGCAUGUUGGGCCGUUUGAUUAUGAUAAUCCGGAUCAGGAGUAUGUGUUUCCGACUUGGGCCCAGUUGAAUUCCGGCGGUAUCUGAGGUACGGGGAGAGGAGAGAUGCCGGAGCGGACUGGAUAGGACUACGGAACGGGGGAUGGAGACGGGGACGGAGACGGGGCUUGGCAGCCACAUGGUAGUAUGUAGAGACACAUACCGGGAGGCGCUAAGUAGAUAGACUAUCUAAACUAGAGCCAUACUGCCAGAGAGAGAGGCAUCAUGAGAUUUACGACACCAAAUAAAUACGCAAACAUGCUUAGCUGUGGAUAUUGCUUG